CAACUUUCUUCAUAAACACAUACAAGUUUGUUGAAAAGUUAAAGAGAUGACUGCUCUCAGAUCAGGUCAGAGUUUUGAAGGCCCUUAGAUUCAAAAUGAAGGAAGAAGAAUAUGCAGACGUGCUUUUUUGCAUGUUGCCGUUUACUCAAUUUAGUUAAUAAUCCAUUAUAAUAUUUCCAUCACUUUCAAUUGGUUUGUUUGUAGCAGCCGGCCAUGGUUGAGCAUAUAUUCAUUUAGUUCAAUCUCUCUGAUCAUAGCAUUCUUCCACAAACAUGGAAGCUUUCAUUGCAGUAAUUGUAGUAACUUUGUUCAUCGCUUUUUUCCUUUCAAAAUUUCUGUUUAAGGAUCAGACCAAAAACCUGCCAGGAGGGUCUUUAGGCUUUCCCUUAAUCGGAGAGACGUUCAGCUUUCUUCGAGCACAGAAACAAGAUCAAGGACCCGAAUGGCUCGAAGAGAGAACUUCAAAGCAUGGACCAGUGUUCAAAACCUCCUUGAUGGGUUCCCCAACUGUGGUGGUUGUUGGUCAAGCGGGUAACAAGUUCGUCCUUGGUGCUGAGGAUGAUGUCCUUGCCGCCAAGCAACCUGUCACCCUGGUAGCCAUUUCUGGAAAGCAAAAUAUAUUUGAACUUACAGGCUCAAGGUACAGAUUGGUAAAGGGAGCAAUGGUGAGCUUCUUAAAGCCAGAAAGUCUACAGAACUAUAUUAAACGAAUGGAUGGACUGAUCAAGACCAUGUUACUAAAAGAAACCGAAAACAAAGACACCAUAAAAGUUGUGGUCACCAUGAAGAAAUUUACAUUCACCAUAGCAUCCAGCAUCCUUUUCGGCAUUGAGGAUGAGCGCACUAGGGAGGUUUUGUUUGAUGAUUUUUCUUUAGCAUUCAAAGCAGUUUGGUCUCUUCCUGUUAACUUCCCUGGCACUGUUUACUGGAAAGGCCUAAGAGCCCGGUCAAGGAUUGCUAACCAGAUUUUGCCAAUACUUGAGCAAAGAAAGGAGGCGUUUUCAAAAGGAAAAUUAAGCCCUACAAGCGAUGUUUUCUCAUCAUUACUAGCAUUAAGAGAUGAAAAUGAAGAACCUGUUUCAGAUGAUUUGAUCGUGGAUAAUUAUAUCACAUUGAUGGUAGCCAGUCACGACACUUCAGCCAUUCUUCUGAGCCUGAUGAUAUGGAAGCUGUCCAGAGACUCUGAGAUAUACAACAAAGUUUUAGAGGAACAAAUGGACAUUAUAGGGAAGAGGGAGGAGGAAGCAGAAAAUAGGCUGACUUGGGCUGAGAUACAAAAGAUGAAAUACACAUGGAGAGUUGCACAAGAGUUGAUGAGGAUUAUCCCUCCUGUGUUUGGCAGCUUUAGAAAAGCACUUAAGGACAUUGAAUAUGGUGGCUAUGAUAUCCCCAAGGGAUGGCAGGUGUUUUGGGUGGCCCAUGGAACUCAUAUGAACAAAGAGAUAUUUGACAAACCAACAGAGUUUGAUCCAUCAAGGUUUGAGAACCCAUCAAAACCAAUCCCUCCCUAUGCUUAUAUUCCAUUUGGAGGAGGCCUCCACACUUGCAUAGGGAAUGAGUUUGCAAGAGUAGAAGUGCUCACUAUCAUCCACAACUUGGUGACAAUGUACGAGUGGUCUCCGGUGUACCCCGAUGAAGCUAUCACCAGGCAACCAAUGCCAUAUCCAUCCAUGGGUCUCCCAAUCAAGAUCAAACCAAGGAAGCCUUAAUUACUACACAAGGCUUUGUUUAUAUGCCUUGCAAAGAAUUGAUCAUUUGUAUCUGCAUCUCAUGGCUUUACUAAGAUUUUCCGUCAUGAAAAUUGGUUGUGUUCACUAUAUACUUAUUAGUCAUAAGGGCAUUGUAACUAAAUCUUUUAGUCAUGAAGAGUGAUUGUAACUAAAAUGUGACUAAAAGUCAGGAUUUGAUUUUUCUAUUAACAAAUUAUGUUGUGACUUUA